UGUUCUGUAAGAGACCUUCUGGUGGGAACUCCCUGGGGACUUGGGACAAGACGUUAGUCAGCCAUGAUCUCAGCUGUGUCUGUGACACGCCCACUCCUUUUAGGGCCUGUCUGACGUCACCCGGAAAGGAAGUGAGGCUGAUGCAAUGGGACCAGGGCAGUUUGGUAGGAGAAAGUUUAUUCAGUGCCCGACUGCCCGGGUCCAUACCACACCUUUCCGAUAAGAAUCCAGUUCCUGGAGGAGUGGGGGAGGGGCUGAAUGGUGGCGCUACAUCUUGGCACUAAACAUCCAUCCACACAGCUGGAAGGAGGUGCAGAAACCUACCUGCUUGGCACUUGGACAGGCGCUAGCAGGAGGCGACCUGGAACCUGGCCUGAAGCUACCUUUUGUGCAGCCCGGGUCAAGCUCCAAAUGGCAUGUCACAGCGGUUUCCGCACCAGAUCUUAGACGGGCGGCUGGCCCAGGCCCUCUGCUGGGGCGCUGACGUUUUAGAGGUUUCCCUUCCCCUUCUGCCCACUGGUGGCCCGGCUCCUGCUGUGCACCAGCCCUCACACUUCUCACCAUGCAGUGGGCCCGGGCCCUUUGCCAGGGUGAGGGCAAAGUGGGCUUCCUUCUCCAGGACACACACGACCCACCUCAAGUGCUGGGAUCGGGCUGUGCAGUUAGAGUCCUUUCUCGAUGUCCCUUUCUUCCCCUGACCCCGGGCUUUGUGCUUCAGUGCCUUGGUUUUAAGGUGCCCUUAGGGCAGUGAUGGCGAACCUAUGACACGCGUGUCAGCACUGACACGCGUAGCCAUUUCUGAUGACACGCGGCCACAUGCCGAGGAUGAAACAUUUGCUGCUCCUGAGGAUGAAGCAUUUGCAACUAGAGUCUUGGAGUUUUUUCCUCAAAGUGACACACUACCCGAGGACGAGCUCGUGCAGUGGGAGACACCUGACCUUUCUCAGGCUGAGAUUGAGCAGAAGAUCAAGGAGUACAAUGGCCAGAUCAACAGCAACCUCUUCAUGAGCCUGAACAAGGACGGCUCCUACACGGGCUUCAUCAAGGUGCAGCUGAAGCUGGUGCGCCCUGUCUCCGUGCCUGCCAGCAAGAGGCCUCCCACCCUGCAGGACGCCCGGCGGGGCCCAGGGCGGAGCGCAGCCGUGAGGCGCCGCACCUCCUUCUACCUGCCCAAGGACGCUGUCAAGCACCUGCACGUGUUGUCACGCACGCGGGCACGCGAGGUCAUCGAGGCCCUGCUGCGCAAGUUCUUGGUGGUGGAUGACCCCCGCAAGUUCGCCCUCUUUGAGCGGGCUGAGCGCCACGGCCAAGUGUACCUCCGGAAGCUGUCGGAUGACGAGCAGCCCCUGCGGCUCCGGCUCCGUGCAGGGCCCAGUGAGAAGGCCCUGAGCUUCGUGCUGAAGGAGAAUGAUUCGGGGGAGGUGAACUGGGACGCCUUCAGCAUGCCUGAGCUCCACAACUUCCUGCGCAUCCUGCAGCGGGAGGAAGAGGAGCACCUCCGCCAGAUCCUGCACAAGUACUCCUGUUGCCGCCAGAAGAUCCAGGAGGCCCUGCAUGCCUGCCCCCUGGGGUGACCUCUCCCCUGGGUGGAAGGAGGAGCGUAGGCAGCACAAAGGGUGUGCCGUGUGAGUGUGACCGGGCCUGUCUGGCCUGAGGAGUGAGUGUGCAUGGAGGCCCUCAUCUGCCUGGCGGAGUGAACCCGGAGAACAGCAAAGGAGCGGGCUCCCUGCGUCCACCCCUGCGCCAAGGAAGCCGCAGGACAAGCUCUGCACCCCUUGCCCUCCAUGCACUGAGUCGUGGUGGGACGGGGUUGCCCUGGGAAGCCGCUCCCGGCUUGCAGCAAGGGCAGAGCAGACAGCAGUCUCCUUGGUCUGUGUCUCAGACACGAGAAUCUUGGAGACCCAACAAACAAUAGGGUCAUGUUUGCAGGGAUGAGGACCCUCAUCUAUGGGGAAGGGUUGUGUGUCUUGGAUGGGGUCUCAGGACAGCCCUGUCAAAGCCAAUGGUGGGUGUUCAAGAUAAGGCAGGCAUCGAGGAAGAAUCAGGGUUCCCUCUGCAGUGCCCUCUGGCUCUGCGCACCCUGGAGUCGGCGUGCUGGCUGCCACUGCAGCAACAGUGCCUCAGUGCCUCCAAGGAGGAUGUCCCUGGGCUGGGGUCUGCGUGGGCACUGGCUCAGGUCCAUGCCUUGUUUGCCAAUCAAAGCCAGGGUCUUUACUUUGGGUAUUUUUGAUGAUGUGUGUGAAUGUAUAUUUUGUGGCCUCAGCUGAAUGCCUCCUGGGGGAAAGGGGUGGGAAUGACCGUCAUCAUCGGGGC